GGAGAAGUUGGAGUUGGUGGGUUACAGGGUGGUCAGUGUGCUGACCCCACUCCCUGUGCCAUGUGUGGAAUUGCCUAGCCCACCCUUGGACUUACUAGCCCAUUUGAAAUUACUGUGCUGGAGUCUCUGCCACAUUGCAUGCCACCAUGCCCAGGCUUGAGCCAUGGCUUUGCUCUUCAAAAUGCAAAUGCAUACUGUUAGGGCGAAGCAGUUCUGGGUCUCCUUGGGCGCUGGCUGGAGGAAAAGUUUUGUAUCUAUCUGACUCUGUUGGCCUGACAUUUAGCUAUGCAGGAUAUGGACUCACUCUCCUUUCAUGCUGCCUGCCUUCACCACAAAUCCUCGUACACACUGUGUAACAAGUCAUUUACAAGGCUGCAGCUCUAUGGUCUUGUUCUUCUGCUCCUGACAAAGAGAGGUGAGCCCUUCUCCCGGACAGGAUGGUUCCCAUGUGGCUGAAGACAGUAUCGGGAAGGGCUGGGGCAUGCUGGGCUUUGAUGAUGUAACGGGCUCCCUGCAAUUUUCAUUGAGAUCUGGUUGGCUGUGAGCUGGCAGAAAGCCUUAGAUACGCCUCCAACUCAGAUGAGGUCAUCCCUGCCUCUUUUGGGGAGAGCAGGGAGAGCUGCUUCAGAAAGAGUCUGUGGUGUCUGAACGUUUAAGGUGAGCAAGUGAAUUGCCCCCCCACUGCAAAUCUCUGGUGCAGGAACCCCCUUCUUUCCCCUCUCAACUGCACCCUUUCCCAGCACCAUCACAGACCCUGCUUUCCCUUUAAAGGGGGAGGAGGAGCACAGGGAAGAUGAAUUUACCGCAGUGGAUUUUGUAAAUGAUUCUCGCAUCCAGGUCAGAGGGGAGCGUUUGCUGACAAGACAUUGCAGAGCUGGCCGGACCUAACACAAGUGUAAAGUAGCUCCAGGACAGAAGAAACUCCAGACCCUGCCGCUGCCUGAAGUGAAACUACUCGCCCUGCCCAGUCGCUUCGUCCCUUCCCCGCCCCCUCACCGUGUGCCAUGCAGAGAUGCAUCCAGCCAGUAGAGGACGGGGUAGGUUCCCGCGGCUGUCAGUCAGUAGGGGUUGCCCGGCUCGGGACGAGCUGAUCCCGAAAUGAGGACUGACCCUGGCUGAGAGCAGAGCGCGCACAGCUGGGGGUGCCCAGCCCCGGCCCCGCACCGUGCCUGGAAGCAGCGCCCGCUCCGCAUCUUCCACCCUCCAGCCCCGGCGCCGGGUAAUCCCGCGUUAUCUCCUGCGGAGAACUGCCCACUAACUUCGGCGCCGACGCCGGAUCUGCCUGCACGGCUGCGGCAGGAUGGGGGUUGCAGCAUUCCCCCUCUGCCCUGGGGGCAGCCAGCCCCCUCCUCUUCUUCCUGCCACGGCCGAGCCCCGUGCUGGAGCCCGUCUGGCACAGCCUCUUCGCCAUGUCCUGCCGGGGGCGGAGAGCCCUCUCCGGAGCGCCUGAGCGCGGACCGAGCCCCAGCACCGCGGACAGCUCCCGGUCACCGGCGCUACGAGCCCCAGCACCGCGGACAGCUCCCGGCGGGCCAGGGCGCGCUGCCGGCGGGCAGUCGGUCAGUGCCCGGCUCCGGAGCUGCGCCGUGCCUUAGUGCUCCGGUUCAUUGCGUAUUGCUGGCAGCCCUCUACCGAGAAGAACGCCGAGAGACCUCCCUUUCCCCCCUUACCACCCCCCUUUCUCAAGGUGCCAGAAGAGGGCUUAUCUUUGGGCUCGGAGUCUGUUUGUCUUGUGUGGAUCGGGAUUUGUAAGUGUGGACGGUGCCUGGUUACAGUGGUAUAUGAGUCUACAGACACUGAGGUGCACUACAGAGUUAGAAAGAAACCUCGGAUCUGUCGUGCUGUGGAGGGGUCAAAUAAACCCUAUACAACCAGCAAACCCAGCCCAAGCCUUCCUGCAACCAACUUUACCCCCUCAACCACGAGAAUUCCCUCCUUUCCUCCUCCCUCCAUGCUCCUUCCUUCAGAGACUGUAGAAUGAGGCAUUUCCUUCUAUCUGGCUCAGGGUAAAAGCAUACCCUGGGGGCAGCAACACACAUCUGGCAGGGACUGAAAGGUUUUAAUCCAGCCUCUACUGCAAUCAACAAUGGCAAAUGAACCAGUGAUUCUGAAUGUUUAUGACAUGAGAAUCCAUUGCCUUGGGCACCACAGACUUCACAGAAGAGGAUGUGGAUAAGAUUAUGGAAGAGCUGGGCAAGGAGUACAAGGGAAACGCGUACCACCUGAUGCACAAGAACUGUAAUCACUUCUCUGCUGCUCUGGCUGAGAUUGCCAAGCAUAUUCAUACUUGCUCAAGACUUAGAUCUCUCCCCGCUUUGCCAGUUCCCUAUGGACUUCUAACAUGCAGCUACUGGAUCAAAGAGGCUUUAGCUGGGUCUACUCACAAAGCAGCUCCUGUGGGAAGAAAACAGAGAAUGCCCUGGUUUCAGCAGCAGCAGUUCAGACUUCAUCUUCUCCAAUGCCAUUUCAUGGCAGCCUUCUCAAUACUAUGUGGGAAAGAGAUCCCCCGCUGGGUGAACCGCCUGGCCUACUUCAGCUCGUGCAUCCCCUUCCUCCAGAGCUGCCUCCCCAAGGAGUGGCUGACCCCAGCAGCCCUGCAGAGCCACAUCAGCCUCGGCCUCCAUAAGGAGGAGCAGGGGGACACAACGGAUGAGGAGUCCCCCUCCACCUCCACAGCCCCCUCAGCCUCAGGCACAUCGAGAACCUGUAGACAUACCCGGGUCUAAACUGUGCCCAGUAUGCCCUCAAAUAACACCCUCCUUUCUCUUGUACUAUUUCUUUCUCAUACCCUUUUGCACACCUUGGUUUCUCUCUUCUUCAAUGGACAAUAUAGGAGUGGGAAGACCCUUUCUAUUAUGGAGGUGAAGGGCUGCCUUCCAAGGGCUGCCACUACAGUUGCUCAGCAAAAUGACUGUGAACCCCAGUGCUGAACUGAGGAGCAUGGCAACUAAACUGGAUUCUCCUCCCAGGGUCCCUUGAUCAUGCUUGGUGAUCCACAGAGAACUGCUGGCUCUCUCGGGCAUAAAGGCAUGCCUAUGGGCAAGGGGGCACCAUACUGUGAUGUUCCUUCUCUGGAACCGUUUUAUCUUUUUAUCUCUUCCCCCACCCAUGUGAGCCCAGCAGCCUCUUCCCUAUUUUGGCUGGGCUUGCCAUUCCCCUAUGACAAAUCUCCUGCCCACACCCAGUGUAGGAAGCAGAGCCAGAACUCAACCUGCUCAUCUCUUAGACCAGCAACAAGCUCCACUCAGCCUCAUCCCUUUUGUAAUUAUCAGGUUUCUAACUCAUGUGAAGGACAAAUGAAAGGUGCUGCUGUUCUACAACCACCAGUUUUCAGUACUCAAAUUUAAGAGCUCGAAUGACUGUCCUGCUCUUGAAAAUAAUAAGAACCUAGAAAAUGAAUGUGUUACCAUGGCUUUUCUUUGGGUUCAAAAAGAAGAUGGGGCUAGUGCUUAGAGGCAGCUACUAAAUAUUUGCAGAGAUGACUGUUGACCAUAUUGGUGCUUUCUGGCACAGACCGCUCUCAGUUCCCCUAAUUCUAGGCAGAAUUUUUCCCCCGAUUCCCUGGGGAAUCUCUCUUCUAGCUGACAUAUGCUGGCUGUCUUUGGGCCAGAGUUGGAGAGAAUAUCUGUUGGGAAGGUAUUUCCUUCAGCUUUUCUUCCUGCACUCACAGACCUAAAACUUGGCUCCAGAGCCACCCUUCCCUAGUCUAUUUUCGAGCCAACCCAAGAAGAUAAAAUAUAAGCGGUGAACCCAAAGAAUGUCAACUGUUUCCUUCUCCUCCCUUCUUGGAGGUGGAGGGGAAAACUUAGGGGCACAUCUGGAAAGCAUGGAUGACCCUUCCAAUGCAUGGGCCACCAUGGUGCUUUCCAUAUGUGCACUAUUUCGGUGGUAUAGAGAAUGGGCACAGCUCCCUCACUGGCCUUUCCAGGCUGGCUCUUGACAAGAAUCUGGUCCUUG